UCAGGCAAUUUCUUACCUCCCCUCUUAUUCCUCAUCAUCCCCAUAGCCUUCCUAAGCUCCCAACCUUCAGUGUUGCAGGCUCAUGGAUUCCUCUCAGCAGCUCUUUGGUGAUAGUUUCUCUAAUGGGUGGUUGAUAAGCAUCAAGCCAUCCAUUGAAUCCCUUAGUAGCAGCUUUCGCCACUCCUUUGAUGGCAGCUCCUUCAUCGAAAUGGAUCCUGAUUUCUUUUCAAUGCGUUGGACAAGUGAUGCCCAUGACUUCAAUUUCAAUUUCCCGAGCACCCAAUCUCCGGUCUCAGCCCAUGCAGACCAGUUCAUUUCCAAUGGCCACCUUCUUCCACUCUACCUCAACACCCCACCACCUCAGAGUGAAGUAGGACAAGAGUCUUUAGGCUCCAAUUUUAGCAGAUCUAAAUCGCUGGACUCAUCGAAAGCACUGCUCUCUCGGAGCAACCGAUUCCAGCCGCGGCGCUUCUACGCAGUUCCAAGUAGGUCUGUUUCUUCAAACUCUUCGCCCCUCUUCCAUUCAGCACAGAGCACACCAAUUUCGAUGAGUUCGUGUUCAUCCAAGAGUGUUGCUUCAACAAGUGGCAAGUUUAAGUCACCUUUCUUCAAGAAUUGUACGAAAUCUCCGAAGAAAAUUUUAUGGAAGUACUUGUCCUUUCUCAUGCCGUUGUAUAAGAAGGUGAAGGGGCUGAGCUUAGCUUCUCCAAAGUCGGUAAGGACAUGCAGGGGUUCAGUAGGAGAUUCUCCAAGGAUGACCACUGCUUUAUCAAGCAUAGAAUGGCGCCGUGGAAAUGCUGAUAGCUCAAUCUAUGAUGCAAUUCUUCACUGCAAAAAAUCCAUUGGACAGGCUUCAUAAUGGAGGCAGCGGAGAAGAAACCAGGGGGCAAGAAGAAUCCUACAAGAAUAGCAAUAAUAUACAAUUUCUCUAUUUGGUUAUAUCUUCUCUUGUAAAGUCACGGAAGGCCUUGUAGAUGUAGAGCUUUUCAGGAAAUAAAAAAGCUCCCUGUAUGUGCUGCUUGGAAAAAGUUUUAAGUAAAAGGAAGGAAUCUUUUCGUGA